GUACAAUCGGACAAAUAGGCUUUUAACAAUGUUAGCAAAGUAAACACGCAAUUGUUUGGGGUAGAGCUGCUAAUGCAGUUUGAGUUUUACCAUUCGGACGUGUUUCUUGCUGCAUUUUCACCGUGUCAAUUGUAUUUUGGUAAGGGAUUGUGGUCACCAUGGGUUGUGCCUCCUCCGCUCCAGUUCACUCUCCGAACCGGCCUGUGGCCAAUGUCCAACCCCAGCCCUACCAUCAUCUCUACCACCAGCAGAAGGCAGACCCACCAGAACAGAUCCACAUAGUCCCACACCCUCAAUAUCAACAUGCUCCUCCCCCUCCCCAGCAACAACAGCAAGCUCCUCCUCCCCAGCAACAACAGCAGCAGCAAGCUCCACCCCCUCCUAACAACCAGCAAAGUCAUGUCCCACCUGGCGAUAACAAACCAAAGUCCAGUGAAAUCCUGAAAGAGGACAUUGAGAAAUAUGUGGCUCUGGACAAAAAGAUCCGUGAAGCUGAGGCAAGAAACGCAGUGAAGAAACUGAACGAUCUGAAGAAAACUCUGGCGGAUGUGGAAGCGACUGAGAAACAACUUCUGGAGCACUACAACAAGUGCCUGGCGGAAACGGCUAAAGAGAAGGCAGAUGUGGACAAUCUGAAGCAGCCUAACGUAAAAUCUUUCUUCACAGACCCAGCGUUGUACGAGAGUAAGAUGUCACAGGAGCAGGAGGAGUACCUUGAGGCUCUGAACAAACAGGAAGUUGCCCAGAAAGAGUAUGUAGGGGUAAAGGAACAGCGUGAACAGCUGAUGGCCGAGGUGACUACGCUACAGAAGGAGGCUGAGGCCAUACACCAGCUCUAUAAGGAGCAGGAUGAGAUGCUGUCUCAGUUUUUCAACGGGGAGUACGGUAGUGCUGAAGAGAACCGACUGGAGGCUGAACUAGACAUGCUGCUUGAUUGCAAGCAGCGGAUUUUGGUCGCCAAGCAGAAGUGGCAGAACGGUCGCCUUCUUGUUCACCACGCCUGUAACCAGAUAGCUUUCGGCGUUCAGCGGUGGGGUUGGCUGCCAAGGAUUAGCCCAGGAAACAUGCAGCUGCGUUACCAGGUUGCCACGGAGGCCAGGAACAACUUCAUUGCAGCAUCACAAAACAUCACUAAUGCCCAGCGCUACCUGUACACCAUCAACUUCCCUUACCUGAAGGCUGACGAGGUGGACACCCUUAACAAGGCCACACGACACAUCUAUGUCGACAUGCAGUCAUCUGACCGCUACGCCCACGCUACAGAAUGCUACACAAUCACCCACCGCCGCUGUGCAGCGCUUCUGCAGUGGUUUGAUCAGGUCAUAGACAAAACCAUCCUGUCUGACUUGGAGAAAGCCAGCAAAGAAGCUGCUGAGAAGCAAAAAGCCCUUAGAGCAGAGCGUCUGCGCCUCCUACAGGAGAAAUAUACAGAGUCCUCAGGGGAGACAAUCAAAAUCCCAGAACCAGAAGGUGACCUUCCCGUGAUGGAAGAUACUGCUGACACCAACCUCCUGAUGUCACUGACAGAGGCAGAUGCAGUCUCCAUGUCUGGAGACUUACCUAAAGGUGAUGGAGAGACAGAGAAAACUGAUGACAACCAAAACCAGACACUGACAACAGAAGAGCCCACUCGUCAGCCAACACCCCUCCCACUCAGUGACUUAGCUCCGCCUCCCUCGGACAAUGAAAUAUUUGGUAACAUUGAAUCACUUAGAAAGCAGCACGAGAAGGAGAUGGAAGAAUUUGACAAAGCUCAAGAGUUGAACAAAACCCGCAUGGAACAGGGACUGCAGGAGAAACUGCGCGCCCGUAGGAGUCGCCGAGAGAGGAGGAUGGGUCUUGAAGAGUAGUCUCCCUUUGAGAGUAGCCUCCCCUUGGCUGACUGAGGGAGUGUAUCUGGGUGAUACUGAAGGGUACAUAAAUUCUCCAUGUAUUUAUCAAAACUGUAUGAUAUUUUAGCAUGAAGUAGAGAUACCGGUACCUGCUCAAUGCUUCAGUCUUAAAAACACUGUAUGCAAAUUUUUAUUGUAUCAUUUCUUUCAUAUUGAUCUGAUGCUCAGUCAUAUUAUUGACAUGCAAUCACUUAACAUGGAUCAUUCACUGAAAAGAGAAGUCAACAUAUUACAUACUCUAUUUUUUCAACCUUUUCGCAUGUCUGAGGGCGACUUUUGAAUGCGAUUUAUACACCUUAAUUUUUUGAUAAUUUUGAGAAUUUAUGUUUUGGUGUGUUUGCCAACAUCAGGGCUUCACAGAAAAAAUCAUGUUUUUAAUGUAGAUGUAGAAAUGUCCUCAGAGUAGGCUUUAAAUAACACCCAGUUAAUGUGUGAAAAGGUUGAAGAAAUUGGGUAAGAUGACUUAUUUCAGACAAGGAGUUAAAACAGGCUAAAAUGGCCAC